UUACAUUAUUCCGAGCGCUGCCAGCACUGGACAGCCUAGAAACUUUGAAGAAUCCCUCUGUAACUUUUGAAAACCAGUGCUGGUUUUGCAGUUAGCUUAACGGAUGAAUAUGCUAUGUUCAAUAAGUGUUCAUAGUUGUAACUGUCAAUGUUAAGAAGGAAGAUUCUUUUAAAAUCAGCAUGAACUUAAAGAGUCUCGGCGCGGUGUUACUGCUGUUCCUCACUUUAAGUACAGAGGUGCGCAAAUCGGAGUCUGCGGCAUGUCACGGUUGUGAGACUGGACGAAAGUGUGACUGUAGUGGGGUAAAAGGACACAAGGGUGAGCGAGGGUUUCCAGGUUUAACGGGCCAGCCAGGUGUUCCAGGAUUCCCUGGACCAGAGGGGCCGAUUGGAUUUCGUGGAGAGAAGGGUGAUGAUGGACCUACAGGGCCAAGGGGGCCUAAAGGGAUAAGAGGACCUCCUGGAUUACCAGGUUUCCCAGGAACACCAGGAAUCCCAGGUAUCCCAGGACAGGAUGGCCCCGCAGGACCCAGAGGAGUUCCUGGCUGUAACGGAACCAAAGGUGAAAGAGGAUUCCCAGGAAGUCCAGGUUUUCCAGGUUUAGAGGGUCCAUCAGGUCCACCAGGUUCUGUAGGACAAAAGGGGGAGCCUGGGGAUGUCAUAGAAAUGAAUCGCAUUUCAGAAAGCGGAGUUCCUGGUUUUGAUGGUUUACAAGGCUCCAGGGGUGAACCUGGAGCCCAGGGUCCUCCAGGUCCUGUAGGUCCUUCUGGUCCCCGUGGGUAUGAGGGUCGUCAAGGCCCUCCUGGUCCACCAGGGCAAAAGGGAAACAUGGGUUUGAACUUCCAAGGGCCCAAAGGAGAGAAGGGUGACCGUGGAUUAAAAGGUCCUCCUGGGCCACCAGGGCAGGUUGGCGAAGUGUCAGGCUUACCUGAUACACUCAUUCAACAAGGAGAAAAGGGUGAUCGCGGCCCAUCUGGAGAUCCUGGUUAUCCAGGUCCCCCUGGCCCCCCUGGUCCAGAAGGAGGCCAGAAAGGUGAGAAAGGAGAACCUGGGGAGCUUGGAAAGAGAGGAAAACCUGGCAAAGAUGGUGAACAAGGCCUCCCUGGAUAUCCGGGUGAUAAAGGAGAACCAGGUCCUCCGGGUCUGUCGGGGCGAGAUGGUACAAGAGGUGAAAAAGGAGAUCGGGGACCUCCUGGACCGCCAUCAUACAGGAAUGGGCCAUUCCCAGGUGGAGUAGGACCAAAAGGAGACAGUGGUCAGCCAGGAUAUACUGGCCCUAAAGGAGAUAGAGGACUGUCAGGUAUUCAGGGGCCGCCUGGGCCACCGGGUGUUGCAGGAAUUGGAGGUCCAGGGCCUUCCGGUCCACCAGGUUUACCUGGAGAGAGAGGAGAAAAAGGUGAUGAGGGGCUUCCUGGAAACUCCCUCCCUGGACCACCUGGGAGAACAGGUCCACCAGGUCCCCAAGGAGUCUCAGGACCUCCGGGUCCCCCUGGAAUAGUCAACGAAAUAGAAUGUGUCCGUGGUCCACCUGGUCCUCCAGGCCUGCAGGGGGAGCAAGGAUUUCAAGGAGAAAGAGGACAGAAUGGUCAAAAAGGAGAGACAUGUGUCAAUUGUUUCAGUAAUGGAAACCCUGUCCCAGGACCCCAAGGGUUUCCAGGUCCUCCUGGAAAUCCAGGUGUACCUGGUUCGCCUGGAUCUAAAGGAGACAGAGGAUACCCGGGAGGGCCAGGGCUCAUGGGCCCACCUGGAUUACCAGGACCUCAGGGUCCCCUUGGAUAUCCUGGAGAGAAGGGCGACCCCGGCGAUAGCAUCUCUGUUCUGGGUGUGAAAGGAGAAAAGGGAGACACAGGAUUUCCGGGUCCAUCAGGUCUGCCGGGAUUCGAAGGAAGACCUGGUCGUGAUGGAGCUCCUGGUCCCCCAGGCCUCAGAGGACCACCUGGUUCGGCAUUGGUGAAAGGUGCACAAGGUCCACCAGGUGAACCUGGCUUGCCAGGAUCUUCAGGAGACAGGGGUCUGCCUGGUCCCCCAGGAUUUGGUCCUCCGGGACCUCCUGGAGAGAAAGGUAUCCAGGGUGUUUCAGGACGAGCGGGGGGCCCUGGAGCACCAGGUCAGAAAGGUGAACCUGGGUUAUCAGAGUCAGAUAAAGGUGAACGUGGACCCCCAGGACUUAAUGGAGAGCCAGGUCCACCUGGAAUUCAAGGUGAUCCAGGAAGACCAGGACAGCCUGGGUUCCCAGGCUUACCUGGAUCUAAAGGAGAUCCUGGUCUUCCUGGUAUUGGUUUGCCAGGACCCCCUGGUUCUAAAGGAUUUCCUGGUAUUGCUGGUUCACCUGGUGGCCCUGGUAUUCCUGGACGACCAGGUUUGGAUGGACUGCCUGGUCAGUCUGGAUUACCUGGACCCAAAGGAGAGCCUGGUUUUGGUCUGCCUGGCCCUCCAGGUCCUUCAGGAUUCCCAGGGAGUAAAGGUGUCCUCGGUACUAAAGGGGAUCCUGGCUUCCCUGGAAGCCCUGGUGCACCAGGUCGUUCGGGUCUUGACGGUGCCCCUGGACCUAAAGGUGAUCGUGGCUUUCCUGGUGGUCCUGGUCCUCGUGGCCCCCCGGGGAACCCUGCCUUUGGUCUUCAGGGCCCCCCUGGUCCUCCAGGAGCUCCUGGUUCUGUGGGGUCUUCUGGAUUCCCUGGUGUGAAUGGAGAGAAAGGAGACCGGGGCCCCCCAGGUUUGAGUAUUCCAGGGUUGCAAGGUGACAGAGGAAAUCCAGGAUUUUCUGGACCUCCUGGUCCAGCUGGUCCACCUGGGGGUCCAGGACUACCUGGUCAAGAUGGCCUAUCAGGACUGCCUGGGCCUAAGGGAGACAUGGGUGGGAUGGGUGCUCCAGGACCUGCAGGGACCCCUGGCAACCCUGGCAGACAAGGCUUUCCAGGACCAAAAGGAGAUGACGGUGUCCCAGGACGACCAGGAAACCCAGGUUUCCCAGGAACAAAGGGAGACCAAGGAGAACCAGGCAUUCCUGGCCCACCUGGCAUAGUGGCACCUAGAAGUGAAUAUAAAGGAGUAAAAGGAGAAUCCGGAGCUCUAGGUGUGAGCGGACCACCAGGACCAAAGGGUAUUCGUGGUAUCCCUGGUGAUCCUGGUGUCCCUGGGCAAGAUGGUAGGCCAGGUCUACCAGGAGCUCCAGGCUCCAAAGGUGAUCCUGGUAUCUCAGGAACUCCAGGGUCUCCAGGGGCCCCAGGAGUUAAGGGUAGCAUGGGGGAGAUGGGAUUACCAGGAACUUCUGGAGUGAAAGGAAACUCCGGCCAACCAGGCCGACCUGGCCAGCCUGGAAACCCAGGAGCACCAGGGUUCCUGGGACCCAAAGGUGAUCCUGGCUCGCCAGGAUUUGGAUUACCGGGAACUCCUGGGCCAAAGGGUGAACCAGGCCCUCCAGGAUUUCCUGGAACCCCUGGCCUGAAAGGCCAUCAUGGCCCUCCAGGAUCUUCAGGCUUUCCGGGUACCUCUGGACCAAAGGGUGAUCCAGGACUCCCAGGAUAUCAAGGUGCACCUGGCAUUCCUGGCCCUAAAGGUUUGGAUGGUGCUUCAGGCCCUGCUGGUCCUAGUGGAGCACCUGGUAGGCCAGGAGAUCCUGGGCGAAAUGGAUUACCUGGCCUCGCUGGUGAUAAAGGUCUUGCUGGUCGUGACGGUAUUCCUGGACCUCCAGGACAAAAGGGUGAACCAGGUGCUCCAGGCCUUGGUGGCCCAGGCCCACCCGGUUUCCCCGGUUCACCAGGGCCUAAAGGAGACCCUGGUUUUCCAGGACCUCCUGGUAAUUCUGGAUAUUCUGGUUCAAAGGGGGAGGCAGGAUUACCUGGGUUGCGUGGUCCAGUUGGUCCUUUAGGACCACCGGGGCCUCCAGGUCUGCCUCUGCAGGGACCUAAAGGUAUCCAAGGCCCACCUGGUUCCCCCGGAAGAGCUGGUCCUCCUGGCCCUGAGGGUCGUCGUGGACCUCCAGGUAGUGGAGGAGUAAAAGGUGAGAAGGGCAUGCCUGGAUUCCCUGGGACACCGGGUGCACCAGGACUGAAAGGAGAAUACGGUUCCCCUGGCUUUCCAGGUGCUUCAGGAAAUCCAGGACCUAGUGGCCCGAAAGGAGAUCCCGGAACUCCAGGUUUUCCUGGAUUCCCAGGAUCUAAAGGACAGCCUGGUCUUCCUGGAGCUAAUGGCAUCCCAGGAGAACGUGGUGACACUGGAACAGCAGGACCUCCUGGGGUCCCAGGUUAUGCUCCAGAGCCUAUUCUUUUGAAGGGGGAGCGUGGUCUACCUGGACCACCUGGUAACCCAGGCAGCAGAGGCCAGUCAGGCCCCUUGGGAUUACAGGGACUUCCAGGUUCACCUGGCAUCCCCGGAGACCCAGGUCCAAUGGGACCGCCAGGAUUUACCGGCACACCAGGAAAGAAGGGAAAUGCAGGACCAGCUGGACAACCAGGUCCACGUGGUUACCCCGGCCCUCCUGGUCCAGAAGGGAUUCAGGGUCCUCCGGGUACCUCAGGAUCAUCGUCUGCUGCGCACGGUUUUCUGAUCACACGCCACAGUCAAACCACAGACGUACCAAUGUGUCCUGGUGAUACAACACUCAUCUAUGAUGGCUACUCUCUACUCUAUGUGCAAGGCAAUGAGAGGGCGCACGGACAGGACCUUGGUACGGCUGGUAGUUGUCUGCGUCGUUUCAGCACAAUGCCUUUCAUGUUCUGCAACAUCAACAAUGUCUGCAACUUCGCUUCCCGCAAUGACUACUCCUAUUGGCUGUCCACACCACAAUCCAUGCCCAUGAACAUGGCACCUAUCACUGGAGAGAGGAUCAAACCUUUCAUCAGUCGGUGCUCUGUGUGUGAAGCUCCAGCCAUGGUGAUUGCUAUACACAGCCAGACCAUUCGGGUGCCAUCCUGCCCAGACUACUGGGACACACUCUGGAUCGGUUACUCCUUCAUGAUGCACACCAGUGCAGGUGCAGAGGGCUCGGGUCAGGCCCUUGCUUCUCCCGGCUCCUGUCUGGAGGAGUUCCGCUCGUCUCCAUUCAUCGAGUGCCACGGUCGAGGCACCUGCAAUUAUUACACCAACUCGUACAGCUUCUGGCUGGCCACUGUGGACGUGAAUGAAAUGUUCAGAAAGCCUCAGUCAGAGACACUGAAAGCCGGAAACUUGGAGACCCGCGUGAGCCGCUGUAUUGUGUGUAUGAAGAGGACGUAACGUAGUGACAGUUUUGCGGUCUGUUGGUGUUGCUGUUGCUGAGGAUCAGCUAUCACUUGCUACGACUGCGGCCAUCAUGCUGAUUACCAGUGAAGUUCCACUGGUGCAGUAUCUUCACAUUUAACUCUAUGGUGCUACUGUGCAACACAGCAAAAGAAACUGAACAAAAGAAAUGAAUUUAUUAGUCCAUUCCUUUUUUUUUUUUUUAAAGAAGUACCUCAAAAGAAACAUGCAGGUCCAGUAAGGCGCCAUGGCAGUUGUGGCACAAUGUGCAUUAGAUUUUUUUUCUCUAGAAAUUCUUUUCAUGUAAUAUUUUCCUAAAAGAAUUUUAAUGUUGGUACACAAAUGGUACAUUUUUUGGGGGGAGAAGUGCUCUCUGGCUUUUUUUUUUUUUUUCUAAGUGGAAUUGUCUCCAUGUUUCCAAAUGGGCACUUUGAACAUCAAAGAGACGAAAUGCACUGAGGCGUUACAUUAAUGGGACUGCUUUUUUAAGGCUAUCAUUUUCUCUUAUUUCUUCUUUAAUGGUGGUACUAACACUGCUGUAUCAGGACUUUUUUAGCAAUGUGUCAUUUAACUCUUUUUUUUUGUAAGUAAUAAAAUGUGUAUAUUGUGUAAAACACUUUUUUUAGCGUAAAACAAAACUGAUCUUUUUAAUGAAUUUCUGGGUUCUUUGUCAGUAUGCUCGUUCCACAUUCAUUUACACUAACAUUUGUACAAAGAACUUUCUUUAAAUGAAACGGUGUUUUAUAAAUAUAUAUAUAUAUAU